AUGUUCACGCGCGAGAUCUGCCAGAUGGAAGGGUUCUGGUUCUUAGCUCAUCUCAUGGAAUCCACGACGGCCUUCAGGUUGGACUUCCAGCCGAGAAGCGACGACGUCCUUGUCACGUCGUCCCCCCAAAACGGGGACGACAUGGCUCAUGGCUCUCUGUCACAACAUCCUUCACCGCGACAACAACAGAGAAGAAGACGACAUUCUGACGAGGAUGAACCUGCACGAGAGGCCGUGAGGAAUUCCGGGUGCAAGAUUGUCCACGUGACCCGGAACCCGAAGGACACUCUGGUGUCGAUGUGGAAUAUCUUCAACAUGGUCCUCAAACGCGACCCGACGGCUACCGACCUAUUCCCGAUGGAGGGGAGCGGUGGAGAGCUUAUGCACUGGGGUUCUUCCCUGGGGACCUUUUCACGAAAAUGUGGUGAGCUAUUGGGAGGAGAGCAAGAAGCGGUCGGACGAGGUGUUGUUUCUCAAGUAUGA